UUAAAGUCCCCAAUGCAGCCGCCCCUCAUGUUUUUCCUACAUCCCCAAUCUACACACACAUUCACUCUCGAACCUCCGUAACAGUCCUCAUCACACUUUAUCACCCAAAUUUUUCAAAUCCACAAGACUUCAACAAAAUGUCUCGCCAGCUUAUCUCCAGCGAGAAGUUCCCUCCCAAGCCUCACAAUUGCCCUGCCGUCAAGGUUCCCGGCUUAGUAUUUUGCGCUGGUCAGACAGCAACCGGAGAGAUCAAACAAGCGACCAGGAAAGUUCUCCAAAACCUGAAGGAGGUGCUCGAACUCUCCGGCUCUUCAUUGGAGCAGGUCGUCAAAUACAACGUCUACCUGGCAGACAUGAAGGAUUUCGCGGCGAUGAACGAGGCAUACAUUGAGUUUCUGCCUCAGCCAAUGCCUUCGCGGAGUUGCUUGCAAGCGCUCGCACCCGGAGAGGGAACGGUCAUUGAGAUUGAGUGCAUAGCGCAGGUUUGA